CGUCGUUUCGGUGGCAUCAUCACUUUAUUGCUCAAUGUUUUAAUAACAGACAAUAAAAGCUCCUGACUAAGAAACCGUUAGCAUCUUUAUCUAACUGAAUAUCCGUUGCAAUUUGAAUCGCGCAAUCAUUUUCAUUUGCUGAAAAAAGGGGAAAAUUUUAACGAAAAUGUUUUUGACAAUGUUUCUGAUAUUAUGCACGUUGGUAAUCGUGUACGUGUAUUUGGUGUGGAAUUUCAAUUACUGGAAGAAGAGACGUGUACCCGGACCGAAACCAGCCACUUUAAUGGGCUCAUUUCCGGGAACCUUUUUCCAGAAGAAGCAUAUUGUUGACGAAAUUGAUGAGAUUUACAAGGAGUACAAAGGUUCGACACCGUUUGUUGGAGUCUUUUCCAGUCGUUCGCCUCAGUUAAUGCUUCUGGAUCCGGUGCUCAUUAAAGAUACCCUGAUCAAGGACUUUCAAAGUUUUCAUGACAAUGAGUUUGGUGAUUUGAUUGAUAAGGCAUCAGAUCCAAUACUAUCACAAAAUCCGUUUAUAUUGUGUGGCGCUGAGUGGAAGGAAAAAAGAGCUGAAAUAACCCCGGCAUUUACUGUGUCAAGGGUGAAAGCAAUGUACCCGAUAUUCGAUGACAUAUGCCGGAAAAUGAGUAAUUACGUUACCUCGAAAUUGGAGCGAAAGUCGAAAAUGUUUGACGUAAAAGAGCUUGCAGCCAAAUAUUCAACCGAUGUCGUAUCAAGCGUAAUCUACGGAAUCGACUCAAAGUCGUUCGAAAACAAUAAUGGAAAAUGUCAAAUUCGCGAAAAUGGUUCGUCGAUUUUCGAAUCGUCCUCAACGAUCGUCAUUUACUUUACACUCGUCUCCCUAUUUCCGUUCAUCAAGAAACUGUACAAAGUUGUGCCCAGUUCGGUCGAAAAGUUUUUCCAAAAUCUGCUGAACGAUGCCAUCAAAAUGCGCAAAGAGAGUAAUGUUGAACGGGAGGAUUUCCUGAGCUAUUUGUUGGAUUUGAAGGAGAAGAAAAACUUAUCGAAAAUGGACAUGGCUUCGCAUUCAAUUACCGUUUUUCUUGAUGGAUUUGAAACUUCAACAGCCGUCAUUUCAUACGCUUUGUACCAUUUGGCAGGCAAUCCGCAUGUUCAGAGAAAAUUAAGGGACGAGAUAAAUGAAUGUAUUCGGGUAAAUGGUUGUCUCGACCACGAUUCGAUCCUUGAAAUGAAAUACUUAGAUCAAGUAUUCAAUGAAACUUUGCGCUUAAAUCCACCAUUCGGUACAUUUUCGAAGCGAUGCAAUUCGCCUAUCGAAUAUAACGACUACAAGGGAAAUACGUUUACUCUUGAAAAGGACAAAGUCGUCAUCAUACCUGUCUACUCGCUACACACGGAUCCCGAUUUCUUCCCCAAUCCAAAGGUAUUCGAUCCGGAACGAUUCAAUGAAGCAAAUGGCGGCACCAAGCCGUACAAAGACAGUAGUGUAUUCCUUCCGUUCGGAUCUGGACCGAGAAUAUGCCUUGGUAUGCGAUUCGCCACAUUUCAAUCGAAAGCUGCCAUCGUUGAAAUUAUCCGAAAUUUCGAUAUAAGCGUCAGCAAGAAGACAAAGAUUCCAUUUGUCUUCGACCCGUCGAGAUUUCUUCUAACGCCCCAGGAUCAGAUAUGGCUGGACUUUGAGUCAUUAUGAGAUUUGCUACCCCAUUUUGGGGUACCAUCAAAGGUCGUGGCGCACGUCGAUCGCGCUGGUUGGCAGGAUCGGCAUCACGACCACUACGGUAAUGCUGCUUGAAUUUGUUGUGUGUAUAUUCUAAAUGAUUAGUAUUUUGAUAUUCGCUGAGAAGUGAAUUAGUAUUUUUCUACAUGAAUUGUUAACAAAAUAGCAGAUUAGCCCCCCCCGAUACAUUUACAAAUAGUUUUUGAUUAAAUAAAAUAAAUUGCAAAGUUUU